AUGGGGAGCGCUGCGUCCACCGAUGCCAAGAAGGAGCUCGAGGGCAAGAGCGUGGAGGAGAUCGCAGCAGCGCUCAAGGAGCUGCCUGCUGCAGACCUCGCGAAGGUGAAGGAGGCUUUGAAUGCAGGUGCGGGACCUUGUCCCGGACCAGUUGACUGCAGCGCUGUCAAGGUGGUGGCCAAGGACUACAAGGGGCUGAUGGCGCAGCCUGCUGAGCCCAAGUUCAAGGGAGCUCUGGCACAGAUCUUCGUGCGCAGCCAGCCAUAUGGAGGCUCUGAUAAGAGCAACAACGGUCAUCGCUACGACUCCAUCCCCUUCGCCAAUGGCAUGAUCACUUCUGGGAUGAGCUGUCAGCUGAUCCAUUAUACCCACGAGGAGCACGACAAGUUCUUCGAGCUAUGCAAGGCAUUCAACUUCAUCAUUGUUCGCUGCAACCCAGGCCAGAUCAAAGCUGAUGGCGGAGACCAGCAGAAGUUUGACGAUGGGAUGCGUGAGAUGCGUAAAGCCGGCAUCCAGGUGUGGCCCUCUCCGGACGUCAUGGAGAAGAUGGGCGCCAAGGACGCCCUGUGCAAGGUGGCCACACUGAACAUUGGCCUGGAGGACACGCUGGCAUACUAUUCGCCAGAGGACUUCGCCGCGGGCUUCAAGAAGACCAUGGCCUUCCAGCCGCGCGUGAUCAAGCAGAACCGCGGCUCCUCCGGCGAGGGCAUCUGGAUCAUCAAGCUGGCCGAGGGCAACUACUGCAAGGAGUACGGUGAGCGGUCCUGCGAGGAUGGCGAGGUCCUGAAGCUGAUGGAGGCGAACGACAACCACGAGGAGACCCACACCGUCGCCGAGUUCAUCGAGUUCUGCGUGAGCGGCCGCUCGGACAAGUCCGGCGAGUGGACCUCCAAGGGCGUCGGAAAGUACCUCGAGGGCGGCAAGGAGGCCGGUGGCCAGCUCGUGGACCAGCGCUUCUGCCCGCGCAUCGUGGAAGGUGAGCUCCGCUACAACCUCAUCGUGGACUCGCUGGUGGGCAUCAUCCACAAGAAGCCCAAGGAGGGCGGCAUCUCCGCCGUGGGCGGCACCGGCUCCAUCUACACUUACUACGGCCCCGAGGAGGUAUCCUUCAAGACGCUGACCGACAACUUCCUGCAGAAGGACCUGCCGAAGGUGAUGCCGUCCCUGGAGCUGGCAGAGGAGCCCGUGCCUCUGUGGUGGACCACGGACUUCAUCUUGGCUUCCCCCGAGGGCACGCCCAAGGAGGAGGAGAAGUGGAUCGUCGGCGAGUUCAACUGCUCCUGCGUGGGCAUCUCGAGGUGCCUGGCCGCCUACUGCAAGGAGGACACCCCCAACGCCUCCUUCGACGACAUCACGGAGGAGGACAAGGCGGAGGCCAAGAAGUACGGCGACCUCAUGGGCCAGAAGGACUACAAGGGCUUGAUGGAUCAGCCAGCUGAACCCAAGUUCAAGGGCGCCUUGGCGCAGAUCUUCGUGCGCAGCCAGCCAUAUGGAGGUUCUGACAAGAGCAACAACGGCCACCGCUAUGACUCCAUCCCCUUCGCAAACGGUAUGAUCACUGCAGGCAUGAGCUGCCAGUUGAUCCACUACAGCCACGAGGAGCAUGACAAGUUCUUUGAACUUUGCAAGAGCUUCAACUUCAUCAUCGUGCGCUGCAAUCCAGGCCAGAUCAAGGCUGAUGGCGGAGACCAGCAGAAGUUUGACGACGGGAUGCGCGAGAUGCGUAAAGCCGGCAUCCAGGUGUGGCCCUCUCCGGACGUCAUGGAGAAGAUGGGCGCCAAGGACGCCCUGUGCAAGGUGGCCACACUGAACAUUGGCCUGGAGGACACGCUGGCAUACUAUUCGCCAGAGGACUUCGCCGCGGGCUUCAAGAAGACCAUGGCCUUCCAGCCGCGCGUGAUCAAGCAGAACCGCGGCUCCUCCGGCGAGGGCAUCUGGAUCAUCAAGCUGGCCGAGGGCAACUACUGCAAGGAGUACGGUGAGCGGUCCUGCGAGGAUGGCGAGGUCCUGAAGCUGAUGGAGGCGAACGACAACCACGAGGAGACCCACACCGUCGCCGAGUUCAUCGAGUUCUGCGUGAGCGGCCGCUCGGACAAGUCCGGCGAGUGGACCUCCAAGGGCGUCGGAAAGUACCUCGAGGGCGGCAAGGAGGCCGGUGGCCAGCUCGUGGACCAGCGCUUCUGCCCGCGCAUCGUGGAAGGUGAGCUCCGCUACAACCUCAUCGUGGACUCGCUGGUGGGCAUCAUCCACAAGAAGCCCAAGGAGGGCGGCAUCUCCGCCGUGGGCGGCACCGGCUCCAUCUACACCUACUACGGCCCCGAGGAGGUAUCCUUCAAGACGCUGACCGACAACUUCCUGCAGAAGGACCUGCCGAAGGUGAUGCCGUCCCUGGAGCUGGCAGAGGAGCCCGUGCCUCUGUGGUGGACCACGGACUUCAUCUUGGCUUCCCCCGAGGGCACGCCCAAGGAGGAGGAGAAGUGGAUCGUCGGCGAGUUCAACUGCUCCUGCGUGGGCAUCUCGAGGUGCCUGGCCGCCUACUGCAAGGAGGACACCCCCAACGCCUCCUUCGACGACAUCACGGAGGAGGACAAGGCGGAGGCCAAGAAGUACGGCGACCUCAUGGGCCAGAAGGUUUGUGUCCGUUGCAGUUUGCGGCUCAACACCUGUGACGUGCUUCGAUCACACCUCUACCCUUUUCCCACGGACAUGGGGGGUGCCGCUUCCAGCGAAGUGAAGAAUGCCAUCGAGGGGAAGUCGGCUGAUGAGAUCGCGGCGGCUCUGAAGGAGCUCCCCGCAGACCAGCUGGCAAAGGUCAAGGAGGCAGUGGGCAAAGGUGCUCCUGCAGCUGCCUGCCCGGGCCCGGUCGACUGCUCCAAGAUUUCGGUCGUUGGAAAGGACUACAAGGGCUUGUUGGAGCAGCCUGCGGAACCAAAGUUCAAGGGAGCUCUGGCUCAAAUCUUCGUCCGCUCGCAGCCCUACGGAGGAUCCGACAAGAGCAACAAUGGCCACCGCUAUGACUCCAUUCCCUUCGCCAAUGGCAUGAUCACUUCCGGCAUGAGCUGCCAAUUGAUUCACUACACGCAUGAAGAGCACACUGCAUUCUUCGAGUUGUGCAAGAGCUUCAACUUCAUCAUCGUCCGCUGCAAUCCAGGCCAGAUCAAGGCAGACGGUGGAGAUCAGCAGAAGUUCGACGACGGGAUGCGUGAGAUGCGUAAAGCCGGCAUCCAGGUCUGGCCCUCUCCGGAUGUGAUGGAGAAGAUGGGCGCCAAGGACGCUUUGUGCAAGGUGGCAACUCUGAACAUCGGGCUCGAGGACACCUUGGCUUACUACAGUCCUGACGAGUUCGCCGCGGGCUUCAAGAAGACCAUGGCCUUCCAGCCGCGUGUGAUCAAGCAGAACCGCGGCUCUUCCGGCGAGGGCAUCUGGAUCAUCAAGCUGGCCGAGGGCAACUACUGCAAGGAGUACGGUGAGCGGUCCUGCGAGGAUGGCGAGGUCCUGAAGCUGAUGGAGGCGAACGACAACCACGAGGAGACCCACACCGUCGCCGAGUUCAUCGAGUUCUGCGUGAGCGGCCGCUCGGACAAGUCCGGCGAGUGGACCUCCAAGGGCGUCGGAAAGUACCUCGAGGGCGGCAAGGAGGCCGGUGGCCAGCUCGUGGACCAGCGCUUCUGCCCGCGCAUCGUGGAAGGUGAGCUCCGCUACAACCUCAUCGUGGACUCGCUGGUGGGCAUCAUCCACAAGAAGCCCAAGGAGGGCGGCAUCUCCGCCGUGGGCGGCACCGGCUCCAUCUACACCUACUACGGCCCCGAGGAGGUAUCCUUCAAGACGCUGACCGACAACUUCCUGCAGAAGGACCUGCCGAAGGUGAUGCCGUCCCUGGAGCUGGCAGAGGAGCCCGUGCCUCUGUGGUGGACCACGGACUUCAUCUUGGCUUCCCCCGAGGGCACGCCCAAGGAGGAGGAGAAGUGGAUCGUCGGCGAGUUCAACUGCUCCUGCGUGGGCAUCUCGAGGUGCCUGGCCGCCUACUGCAAGGAUGACACCCCCAACGCCUCCUUCGACGACAUCACGGAGGAGGACAAGGCGGAGGCCAAGAAGUACGGCGACCUCAUGGGCCAGAAGGCUCUUGGCAUCCUCUCCAAGUGA